GCAUGACAUCACCGCUGUUUUUCCCAGACAGAGGCAACAUGCACGGAGGAUGUUGGGACCAUAUUGUCCGAGGAGGAGGAUGCACCAUCCGCCAAAUGCUCUAAUAGCGAUGCACUCAUUUUAACGUCAAGCGUUUGAGAUGCGGCGUCGUUGAACAGUUUGAUAUUUUCAGCGCAGACCGUUUAGAAAUGUGUGUUGCUGUGUGUUAAACAGGAUUAUUUGGCAGUGCAUAUCCUGUAGCGUAUCGUACAGUGACUACAAACGCAAAAUGGGCUGGAGGUGGAUUUUUGGAGUGGAGUGAACCCGUUUUGUCGGCUUUAAUUGGGGCUUGGUUCGCUUGAACGAAGACUGGACUGAAUCGUGUCGUCUGGCUUUAUUCACUGGCAUUGGAUGGGAAGGGCUACGGAUGGACGUUAAAUAAGGCUUAUAUUUUCGGUCGGGCUUCAGCUGGAGCUCUCCAAAACAAAUUCCAACGCACCGAGUAAUAUCCGUUCUCUCAGUCCGCGUGCCCGGCGGGAUGCGGGUGCACGUCAAGGAGCUCUCCAAGCUGUUGUGGUGCUGACGCGGCUCUGAGCGAACGCGAGCAUGGCUGCUGGGAAGUUGCUGCUCUACGCCGGUCUGUCUCUGUCCCUCUGCGCACUCGGGAUGCUGGCCGUGGCUAUCUGCUCUGACCACUGGUACGAGACGGACGCACGGAGGUAUCGAGAGAGGUGCCGAAGUUUCUCCAGCCGUCGGAAGGACCCGGGCUUUAUUUACAUCCCCAACAACAGCCUCCCUCUGCGGGCGAGCCGCUCGCGUCUGGACCGCUGGGAGGAAAAGCUGCUGCUAGCGCGGAACAGACGGCAGCUGUUCGCCAUGAGCGCCGCCGAUGAGUGCAGCAGGCAGUAUAACUCCACCAACAUGGGGCUCUGGAGCAAAUGCCAUCGGCUUGGAUUUGAUCAAGAUAUCGAGGACCUCAUUCGAAAAGGGUCCAUUGCAAGAUGCUCCUAUAUCAAGUACCACUACUCCUCGGCCACAAUACCCAAGAAUCUUUCUUACAACAUCACCAAGACCAUACGUCAGGAUGAGUGGCACUCUCUGCAUCUGCGGAGGAUGACGGCAGGAUUUAUGGGAAUGGCGGUGGCCAUCAUCCUCUUCGGCUGGAUCAUUGGGAUGCUGGGAUGCUGCUGGGACCGUGGCCUAAUGCAGUAUGUGGCAGGUCUGCUCUUCCUCAUGGGGGGGACAUUUUGCAUCAUUUCCUUGUGCACCUGUGUAGCAGGCAUCAACUUCGAGCUGUCCCGUUACCCUCGCUACAUAUACGGCCUCCCAGACGACAUUAGUCACGGUUACGGCUGGUCAAUGUUCUGCGCCUGGGGCGGUUUGGGCCUGUCCCUCAUCGCCGGAUUCUUCUGCACGCUGGCGCCUUCCGUACAACCGAUCCCUCGCUCCACGUGCCCCAAAUCCCGCCAAGAAAACGGCACCGUGUGUUAAGGGACGGCCUCUGAAAAUCCCCGAGCCCUGCGUGUGCAACUGGACAAUGGGGGACAAAACACAUUUAAAAAAAGACCAUAACUGAAGAUUCAAAUCAUGUUCAUUUAGAAUCAUUUCUAAUCUCACCAACCAGGCCAUUUUUUAACCACGUGUGUGAGUCUACAACUGAGUGUCCUGAUCGUUUAAAAGAAAAUAAAGACAAAACGAAAAAAUAUCAUGGAUAAUUGUAAAGAUAAUACAUUGGUGGAUUUUUCCGUCAUCAAGAUCCUGCACAGGAACAAUGUGCGAAGUUGUUCUGUGACUUUCAUGAGCACAAGAAAAAGGUGACGAACGAGGCAAAAAAGGACAGUAUUGCUCAUUCUCAUGCCGCAGGGAUGGAUAUUGACAUGACUGAUGCCUAAAAACUGCCAAACCUGGAGACUAUGGUAUUUGUAUCUGGACGGCACUACGUGCAAAUAUGGAAGUCCAGUGCCAAUGUUUGAAGCCCAGGAGUUCGGACAAAUCAGGAGCACCAGGACCACAUGAGAGGACAACAACUUUGAUGCGAUUUGGAUCUGUUGUGGCUAAAUCCGCCGAUUUGUCACGGACCCUGGAGACUAUCGCAAUGCCUCUUGGGAUGCGGGUAAAGGAUCCGCUCGUGCAAAAGAUUUCAGGAAAUGGAGAUGCCUGCUCGUGACGUUGCGUUGCUAUUGCUGUACAGCAAAUUGUAAAGAGAAAAAUAAUACCUAUAAUAUUCCAGAAGAGAAAAAAAAUCCUAACGGGAAGGACCUUUUUUUGAGCGUUUUCCAUGUUUCAUUUCUUAUCCAUGUCCAAAUGGUAUCAGCGGACAUUUCUAACAUGCUUUUGAUUUUAUUAUGUGCUUCUUUGUUUUUUAGUAAUUCCAGUCAUCAUAAGUGUGAAUGCGAGUGUAGGAAGUGUGCAAAUUCUUUAGCUACUAUUACCAUAGUAUGUGCGUGAGAGUGUUUUGCAGUCUCCAUAUGAAAAGAAAAGUAACAUAAUAACAAUAAUGCAUAAAAUUCGAAAACCUGCCUUGGGGGAAAUCAGGUAGGCUUUUGUUGAACCAAGAAUUACUGGAAAGGAAAGAUGCCAUAUCCUGUUUUAGACAGCCGAACACUUCGUCCCUGUAGACACGACUGACGUAGUACGCAGAGAGACAGAAAGACGACUCAACAUCACACUGUUACUGCCUUAAGCUUGUCUGGAAGGAGGCAUUUAUGCCAUUUGAUGGGAACGCAUGCUGACUUCUCUUCUGAAAGCAUCUAUGUGCUGACAAAAGAAAUCCUUAUUUGAAUCCAACUUCCUGCUCUGUUUAACCAUGCGUCUCUUUACUUAAAGGGAACUCCCAAAACAGGAUGUGGUAUGUAAGUGCCUCCUGAUUACAUGAGACGGCAGCGGUGCACAAAAGAGGUACAUCUUUGGAAUUGUGACCUCGAAACGGGAGGACGGGGGCAAGCACAAGUUCAAUACAAUCUCUAAGCCGACACACGAUUGGUUCCCUCAAGCCUCUUCUCACGCAUUCGUUUUCUCAAUCUGAUGCAUUUUAGUAUCCAUUCUCCAUGCUAUAAAUGCAUAAACAAUCACUUGAGCAGCCAUAAAACAGCGUGCUACGAUGGGACACGCUUUGAGGGUCACUGGCGAAUCGGCACAUUCAUUCAACCAUGCCAAAAACCUACGCUAGGAGAUUUAGCUUCGCCGCAAGACAAUGUUUACAGAUUUCUAGAAGGGAGAUUUGCCAAAAAAUACCUGCCAGGUUUCUUUCAUAGAUUUUCUCAGUUCCUCACAUUGGCUUUACGGCCAGCGGCUCAACUAGCAAUUAAGCUGGUGUCCAUUUAAGUCUGUCAGUUAUUGCUGUACUGAGAAAUAACCGUGUUUAUUGACUUUUGAUGCUGUAUACAUACAGUGGAGAUCAAAAUUAGAGAACAAUCUAUAAACACGAGUUUUUCUGAAAUAUCGUUAAUAUUCAUUACUCAAAUUUGAAGGAAUAUUAGCUGUAGGUAUACCACUGUCAAACUAACAUGUUUGACAAAAUAUCCAAGGCAUUUCAACAAAAAAACUAACAUUGGAGAACAGUAACCACUGUAGCACAAAAGAGGAUUACAACUAUAUGUAAAGGGUUACAGCUCUCAGAAAUUAGUAGGGAGUGUAAAGGCCCUUGCAGAACAUCACUAGUUUCCUCACACUGCUUUGGUGUGAUCUUGGUCCGCUCUUCUUCAACUCUUUUCCAUAGUUUAGUAACUGUAGUGGGUUUCUUGGCUAUAACUUCUUUGCUAUAACCAAGGAUUUUCAAUUGGUUUAGAUCAGGGCUCUGGCCUGGCCAUUUCAUUAUUUUAAUGUUCUUAGCUCAAGGAACUGCUUUACCCAUUUUUCAGUGUGUGGGAGUAUUGUCUUGCAUGAAAAUUGCAGGCUGAUUGGGAGAUGCUUGCAGGGAAGGAACUGCAUGUUGCUGAAGAACAUUUGCAUUCACCUGCCACUUAACUGUAUAAGAGCCCAACUCCUACUGCAGAAAACAUCCCACAAAGCAUGACACUUCCUCCUCUACCUUUCACCGACUUCUUAGUUGAGCUUUAGUCUCUCCCCAGUUUGACGCCAGACGAAAUCUUUUCCAUCAGACCCAAUUAAAUUAAAUCACUAAAGUAAACUUUGGACCAAUUCUCUCUCCACACAACAUGCUUCUCAGCAAAGGUGCACUUAACCCUUUGAUUCUUUUUGUUGAUGAGAGACUUGGUCACUACAGAGUGCAAUUUCAGUCCAACUUCUCUUAAACAUGCUGAGGCAGAUCCUUACCUUGUUCAGCGCUGAACUGGCAAGCAAUUCCAGCUGCAGUGCUGAACCCAAUUCCCCAUUGAGAGUCUCUGCAUUAUCCUGUCUUUUUGUGCAUUUGUUUUAAGUGGAUGACCAGGCUUUUUGGGGGACUUGAAUGAAUUAGUUUCAUUGUAAACCUAAAAUAUUUGAGAUUUGGAAUGACCAACUUCUCUUCAUCACAAAGGGUCAUCACUUUGGCCAUUCAAAUGGACAACCUGAGUUUCAGUCAACUUACUGUAGAGCGGCCCACCAUUUUGCACUCUCAGUGAAAAUUGGAAGUGUCCUGCCAGUUAAAUAGGGUUUAUCAUAUAAUGAAGGUUAGCAAAUUAGAUGUAUCUGUAAGUGUUCUCUAAUUUUGAUCAGAGUUAUUUUUCAAAUACCUCAUUUAAGUGCUUCAGAAUACAAUUUAUGAAAUGCUUAAAAACUGCUCUUCUACUCAUGUUUGGAUAAUUUCAAAUAGGUGACAUUAAAAAUUUAGGAAAUUAUAGGUUGUUCUCUAAUUUUGAUCUCCACUGUACCCGUGUACUCCUAAACACUGAUAAAACCAAGCUUUAACAGAUUUAACAGGUCAUUGAAAGAUUCCCAGAUUCCCAUGAACAUAGAAAAGAUAGGAAAAUCAGGGAAUUGUGAUUUCCAAAUGUGGAAAAGUCAAGAAAUUGAUCCGUAAUGUCUGGAACGUCAAUAGUACAUAUACAGUAAGGCUCUACUCUAAAAUAUUUAAUUGCCUAUAAAUUGCUCUUCAUGAGUGCAAUCUUUAUAAAAAUUAGUUUUUAAAAUCCUUAAAUCACAAAGGACCAUGAAUAUGCGUGACCCUGAACCACAAAACCAGUCUUAAGUAGCACGGGUAUAUUUGUAGCAAUAGACAACAAUACAUUGUAUGGGUCAUAAUAAUCGAUUUGUCUUUUAUGCCAAAAAUCAUUAGGAUAUUAAGUAAAGAUCAUGUUCCAUUAAGAUGUUUUGUAAAUUUCCUACCGUAAAUAUAUCAGAACUUAAUUUUUGAUUGGUAAUAUGCAUUGCUAAGGACUUCAUUUGGACAACUUUAAAGGUGAUUUUCUCAAUAUUUUUAUUUUUUUGCACUUUCAGAUUUCAGAUUUUCAGAUUGUUGCAUCCUGGCCAAAUUAUAUACAAAUCUCAAUUUCAAAAAUUGACCCUUAUGACUGAUUUUGUGGUCCAGUGUCACAUAUGACAAAAGUCAUGGGAAAUUUAAAAUGUGUAAUUUCUCUCUUCUGGCAUAAGACACCAAAACUAUUGAUAAAUUUCAUUUACUCACAUGUGUAUUAGGGGUUGUAGAGCACGGCUGACCAAUCCUGCUCCUGGAGGGCGUCAUCCUGCAGAGUUUAAACUCUAAACAGCUCCAGAAACCUGCCUGGAUGUUGCUAGAUCCUAGGGAUAGUUCACUCAAAAAUUAGAUUUCUGUCAUUUGGUUGGAAAUGGGAAAAAAUACAAUGGAAUUCAAUGGCUACAAGCAACUCUUUGUGUUCAACAGAAAAAUGAAACACAUACAAAACUGAGUUCAGGUGUGUUUAGCUUUGAUUGGAGCUAAACAACCUAAAUCAUCAAUACCACCUGCUUAGCCAUAGCAAGAAACAAAGCAUCAUAGCUUGCACCAAUGCUCCUACUCCAGUUCUUUUAACAACCAUUAAUUGGUCAUGAAAGGAACAGCUGAAGCUUUUAUUGCGUUCGUUUGUGAAACAAGCUGCCAAGUGAAGUUUUUCAGAUCUGUGACAAACAAACAAACGCCUGUUUCAAAAUGAUCCAUCCCAACACUAUUUCCAAAACCAUUUCAUGGGUCUUUCACCACAAACACAGCCAAUAGUUCACCGAAAAUUUUCCUUUUGUACUCUGCAUUGAUGAAAUAUGGGUUCAACAGUCUUCACUGGAAGCAUUCAGAGUGUUUAUGUCAUAUUUAUGGGCGCUUUGGGUGAUUUGUGUGGCUCAUUCAAGUAAAAAGACUUUGUUGCAUGCUGACAAUGCAAUUGGCCAUGAAAUUACAUAAACAUCAAGCCACACUCGCAGAACUCCAGAAGACUUCUUCACAAUUUCCAGAAGGAGAUCCCGAAGACGAAUCGAACAAAUGCGGCCCACAGAGCUUGAUUACAAUGUGCAUGCAACAGAAAACCUGCAUAAAUACACAAUAAACAAUCUGUUUUAAAGGCACUUGCAACAAGCCCAUCUGGCCUUAUAUAAGAUAGUGUUUCCUUGACACACUUGAGAGGAAAAUAUGUAUUUUAGCCCACGGCUUACGCUCGUAGGCAAAAACACAAAUGGGGUCAGUCGCUGGCUAUACACAACCAAAACACUCAAUCCUAAUGUGUAAUAGUAUUUAAAAACGUACUUAAAUUUACUCCUUGCUUUCUCAGACAAGGCAAAGAGGGGUGUUCAAUCAGAGUAUGAAGACAUCAAAGAGCACCGAAGGGCAGAUGCUCGCAUCAGACGCCAAGAAUAAACACUUUCAAUUAUGGCUUAAUUGGCAUCCGUCCUAGACCCAGAGUGCCAGAUUGAAAGCAGGUAGUGAGCUGCAUCUCAUAAGUUUUGUGUGGAUCAUCGUGAUGCUUAUAGUGAAGUAUUUCAGUCGGUUGUAUAGAAUCUGUGGUAACGAAUAAAAGCUUGUCUAAGCGGUCUAACUUGGUGGGCAUUUUAAGGACUCUCCUCAAAGGAAGAUCAUAAAGCGUUGGGCAUGUAGGUAAUAUGGGCUUAGGAUCACAGAAUCCCUUUUUCACAAACACGUUACAUUCACACAAAUGUGUUUACAUCACAGCCAACAGUUUUCAGCCUUUGUUCAUUUUUUUUGGUUUGUUUGUUAAGCGGGGUGGGAUGGGAAACGUGAGUGGGAAUAUUUUUGUCUUCAAAAUGUACAAAAUAAAAAUGAAAAAGCAGCAGAAUCGGAGAAACUGCAGCUUUUUAAUGGGACACUGAAGCCUAGAGGUUUAUCGGAUCUUUUUCAUCAGUAAUGUGUCUGUUGAGUACCUGAAAAAAAUGAAUAAAACUGUAAAAAAAAAAAUGUUUAAGAAAAAAAAAAAAAGAAUAAAUCCUGGAAAAAAUGUUAAAACUGUGGAAUGUAAUAUCAUUACAGAAAUAAAAUCUCAUUGUUGUGUUUA